UUUAAUUAUCUUAUCUGUUGUCCAUUCACAAAAAGUGACCCAGUGCUAUCGGUCGAAUAAACACUCGCUUUACAGAUUACAGUGACAUAACGUGUUGACUUGACCUACUUCUUAGAGCUGACCAAACCAUAACAAAGAGAGUGCGAAAUGGUCUAUUGGAGAACUGACCGCCAUGGUUUGAACUGAUCUGGGGAAUGUGGAAAGAAAUCAGCGAGCGCCAGUGGUGGCGCCUUUGGCCAUUCCUUGCCGUGGGAGACACCUUGAUCGGGGUGGUCAUUUUGCCGAAUUUUGUGGCGAGUUACUGGAUGGGCACAUGGCUGAUCUACGACUUCUACCUCUACCCUGAUGACAUCCGUCUGUCCGCCUGGAUAUGCUAUGCCGUUGGUAACGUUUGUGUUCUUAUCUGCAUCCUCAGCCAGCACAUUUUGCGGUCAUGGUUCAUUCCGAAAGAUGGCAAGAGGACAUGGGGGUUUCUGAUAGCCUUGCAUGUUUACAAGUACGUAAUGGCGUUAAUCGGCGUCAUGCAGUGGCGCGGAUUAGCUUAUGUGGCCGUGUUGUACACAGGGAUGACGCUGACCAGCGCGGUGGUGGGAUUGAUAGGCGCCACCAUUCUCCUUGCACUGCUUAGGAACCACAUCGGUAUCCUGACCCCUCCUCUCACAAUGGCACUAGAUCCGGACGUGGUGGAUUCCUUCACGAUUCCGACCAAAUUCUCCUGUGAGCCUGGACUUAGCUGGAAGUUCCUGCUAGACACCCUAUUCACAGUCUUCGUGGUCACCACUUUUGCCGGAUUCGCCCUCAAAGGAUAUUGGAUACUUCUGGAGCUAGGUAUGCCGGUGGACGAGAGCGACCCUAUAGAUCUGAUGGACAAAGGACUGGUCUCGUUAUUGAUAUUCUACGGCCUGGUAUCCAUUCCUAUCAUAGGCCAGUAUGAGUUAAAGAAACUGAACAAAAAAGUGGAGCACAAACACCCGUAUCUUGUGGCCACGAUAGAAGAAGUCUUCAUCGCCAUACUGGGUAUGCUUCCCAUGCUGUUUUGGCGUGCAGUAUACCUGAUUCAUUUAAGCUUUGUGCCCCCGGAGUAUUACAAAGUAUAUUUAUGGACGUCCCAUGUCAUAGGAUUUAUCGGCGCAUGCGCCAUGCGAGCGUCAACAAGCAUGAUUCCUUUAGGAUGCGUCUCGGACAAGGAGGCGUUCCAAAACGAGUUUGGAAUUUUUGACUAUCGUUAUUCUCGGUUUUUCCUGGACAAGAGGAGAACUAUACGACAACAAGAGAAGGAGGAUAAGCUUGAUUUUAGUGAUCUCAGUUAGUGAUGUGUAGGUGCCUUUGGUAUUACGUGUAGUUCACGAUUGUUAUAUCAUCGUUAUUUCAUUUUUGUUGAAAAUAGUUAUGAUUCAUAUUAAACCAUGUUUUCAUACAAAACAAUCACGAAUAGACUAAAACUUGUGAAUAACAAAUUUUUCAGAUUUUUAAUGUUUUUAUCGAAGUGGAUUAUAUAUAAACAUGAUAAAAGUUAAAAAAUAUUGUAAAAUUUUGUGCCAUUAAGUUCAUUCAUCUUUUUAUACAUUAAUAUUACUUAUUACUACUCAAGAGAAUAUUAAAUCUAUGUACAAUCCGACAAGAUGUAGUCGUAAACAGUUAUGAAGCGAUGGAAUACCGGUAUCAUCUUUGAUCAACACUUCAUCCUGUACAGUAGUAACUGCCUAUAGUGUUCACACACUUGUUCCGACAAGGGUUGGAAUAACAUUCGUCUAAGUCUGUAAUAAAACAAUU